GCCCCGAGUGUUCUGCAGUGUUCAGAUUGGAGUCUCAGACAAUAGAGCCUGUGUUUGUUCUUCCUCAGAAAGUUGGAGGAGGACAGAAAAGGGAGAAGAAGAAGAAAAGGCGAGGUUUGAUCUCUGUUGGAGGCAGCCCGGACCAGUGACUUGGCGGACAGAAGAAUCACACAAACAGUUAUGAACCUGCAUACAAACAAUAUCAGAAGAUGGGAUGCAGCACUGUCAAGAUUAUGAUCUACCGCGCUGGUAAAUAAAGGAUUACCGACACACACAACCCCCUUCUUUUCUAUUGUUCUUUGACUAUGGGGGCUGGAGAGGAAAUGCAUGCACGGACAGUAAAAAUGAGCACCCCGGGGGUGCUGGCUGUGGUGACAGUGUUUUCUAUGAUUCCCGGCGGGUUACUGAGUGAUAUAAGAGAUACUCAGGGUCUGGAAGGCCAACAGCUGGCCCGGGGGUCCACUGUUCUGCACCAUCGCCAAAAGAGAGGCUGGAUUUGGAAGCAGCUGUUUGUCCAGGAGGAAGAUCCGACUUCUCAAAUUAUUGGCCAGGUCAAAUCUGACUCUGAUCGAGGCACUUUUACUAUCAAGUACAGAUUAUCAGGAGAAGGUGCUGGAGAUGUGUUCAAGAUAGACGAGAAUUCUGGAGAGAUCUGGACUCUGAAGAAGCUGGACCGCGAGAAAAAGGCCUUCUAUGUCCUUCAGGCCCACGCUAUAAAUACAAGGACUGAGGAGCCAGUGGAGCCCCAGUCUGAGUUCAUAAUCAAAGUGCAGGACAUCAACGACAAUGCUCCGCAGUUCCUGAACGAACCUUAUGUCUCCAGCAUCCCUGAGAUGAGUCCAGUAGGGACCACGGUGGCCCAGGUGACAGCCACAGAUGCGGAUGAUCCCAUGUUUGGCAACAACGCAAAGCUCAUCUACUCCAUCCUGCAGGGGGAGCCCUACUUCUCUGUGCAGCCAAAGACGGGAAUCAUUGUAACAUCAUGGGCUGAUAUGAACCGUGAAGCCAGGGAGGAAUACCUGGUGGUGGUGCAGGUGAAGGACAUGCUGGGACUCAGCGGCGGCUACUCCUCCUCCACCACGGUUACCGUUACUCUAACUGACGUGAAUGACAAUGCGCCCACAUUUCAGCAACAUGUGUACACUUUUGCUUUGCCUGAAAAUGCAGCCGUUGGGACCACAGUGGGUAGAAUCAUGGCAGAAGAUGGAGACAUUGGCAGUAACGCCAAAAUGACAUACCGCCUGGAAGAUGACCUGAUAGAAAGCUCCACUUUUAUCAUUGAAACAGACCCAGUGACGCAGGAAGGAGUGAUUCUUUUGGGAAUGCCUUUGGACUAUGAAUCCAAGAGACGCUACAUGAUGGUGGCAGAGGCAAGUAACAACCACCCAGACACUCGGUUCUUGCCUCUGGAUGAGUUCAGCGACAGGACGACGCUGAAGAUUUUUGUGGAGGAUGUCGACGAGCCGCCUGUCUUCUUCUCAGCAGUCUAUGAGUGGAAGAUUCCUGAGAAUGCAGCAGUGGGAACAGUGGUUGGCACCGUUAGCGCCAGAGACACUGACACAGUCAAAAAUCCCAUCAGAUACUCAAUCGACAAAAAGACCGAUGCCACCAACGCUUUCAAAAUAGACCCAAACAAUGGAACCAUAGCUAUCGCUAAGGCUUUGGAUCGAGAAACUGCAGACUGGCACAACAUGAGCGUUGAAGCCAAGGAAACCAUGCAAAACCAUUUAUCCUCCUCCGUGGUGGUGUUCAUCACCGUGCUGGACGUAAACGACAACGUGCCAAGGCUUGCGAGGGAUUACCAGCCAUAUAUCUGCGAGGGCACGCAAGCAGGAGAACUCAUUCAUCUUCUCAGUGCUGUCGACCCGGACAAGGCUGUGGAGGAGCACCACUUCUACUACUCCAUGGUUCCUCAGGAGCGCAUCAAUCCAAACUUCACCAUCAGAGAUAAUCAAGAUAACACGGCAGGCAUUGUGGCGCGCAGGAGCACUUUCACACGUAAAGAUCAGACUCAGUACCUGCUUCCUGUGGUGCUGACCGACAGCGGCACCCCGGCCCUCUCCAGCACCACCACGUUGACCAUCGGCGUCUGCAGCUGCCUCCCUGCUGGCCAUUGUCCCACUGCGGGGGUCGAGGCUCUCGCUCUCUCCGGGUUCAGCAUGCAAACCUUAAUAGGGAUUUUAGUCUGCCUGGUCACUCUCACUGCGCUGUCGGUUCUAAUGCUGAUUGUGAGGAGGCACAGGCGAAAGCAACAGGAGGGGACGGAUAUGGAAGUGAAGGAGUUGGAGCUGCCCGAGACCUUUUCCCAGAAGGUGCUUUACUACGGAGAGAGGAGAGACGGCCUGGACUUCUGCCAGCCUCCCGUCCCACUGCGCCCCCAUCCGAGGAGGAGAGACAGGAAACUGCGAAGGGAGGAAGUCAGGGCCAGCAUACGGAUGUCGCUCCGAGAGUCACACCUCAUUGGGCCGGAGGACGAGGUAUUCAGGCAGUUUAUCCUGGACAGACUGGCAGAAGCCGAUCAGGAUCCUUAUGUCCCACCAUUUGAUUGCCUUCGGACUUACGCUUACGAAGGGUCAGGGUCGUCCUCAGGGUCUUUGAGCUCAUUGGACUCCUGUUUGGAAUUUGAACCUGAGAAACCUGUGUGUAACACCAAUCCUUAUGCAGUAAGACUCACCCCCUGGUACGGAGGAGCAGAGGAGGACACAUUCUUCUAAAGAUUUAUCCCCCCACCCCUUUUAUAUAUUGAUAACAAUUGUUAAAGGGUAGAAAGACCAGGACAGUUUGUGUCCAGUAGGCUUUAAUCAAACAGACAUUGAUGAUUUCUCAUAGGCAUAUUCACACUCAUUGAAUAUUUUUCAUAUUUUAUCCGGAUUUAAUGUGGUAGGUCAGCUCAAAGUAAUUCAACAUUUGAUUUUGAAGAUGAUGGAAAAUGAUCCAUGACUUUCAAAUGUUUUAUCAGUGUAUAUUUUUUGAGUAAAGGUGAAUACAAACGUUUGCCCCACAUUUGAGGUUUUUAUUAAAAAGAAAUUGCAAGCCAUGUUUCUGCUGCCUUGGGUUGGUUUGUUGCAUAGUAUCUGAAUGAAACCAAAAUAAAAUACAUUGUGCUUGUAAAAUGUGAAAAAAGAAAAUUAUGUAGGGUAAAUGUUUGUACCAAUAUUUCUUGAAGUUUUGUUCUUUUUUGUUAGAUUUCAGGCUGACUUCUUCUCCCUGCUGUAAGGGCUGUUAAGGCUGCAGGCUUCAACAUUUUUUUCUUCAUCUUGACAGUUUGCACAAUGACAAAGUGUACUUUUUAAAAUGUCAAACUAUUGCUGUGAAGAUACUAUCAAGCCUUAUAUAAAAACAGCUACUGCUGGCAAGCUUCACAUAUCCAAUCCAUUUUGGCAGCUGUAUUUUUGUUGCUUUCUAAAACCACAUAUACUGCUCAACUCUCCUCUCUGUUCUUUACUUCUUUUAAAUGUUAUAUUUAUUACCUAAUACAUAAUUUCAGCCUGUUUGACUGGGAUUGUGUAUCAUUUAGUUGAAAAUAUUAUUCCAAUGAGAUCAUGUAAACGGCAUUGGAGGAAAUAAAAAGCAUGCUCUUAUAUUCGUAAUUUUCUUAUCACUUCUUAUAGAUUUUCCCACACUUCUUAUACAGUAUAUACUUGCUGUAACAUUAAAUGGCCUUUCAGGACCUGAAUAAAGCUGGAUCUGAAUCUACCAAAAAGUUCUCAAAUUAUAAUUGUAUUAUAAUAAUCAAUGGCUUAGUCCACAAUGUGCUUCUCUUUUACCCUUUUACCAAUUCAUAUCCCAAGUUGUCCCCCUUUUCUCCAUCUUCCCCUCUCCACUCUCAUUUCAAACUACUUUCUUCUUCUAUUGUUCAUCAGUUCAUUUCUCUUUUUAGGAGAUACUUAAAUUUCACAUUCACAGCAGAUCACAAAAUUGUGCAAACUUUAUCCAAAUACAAUACAAUAUUUACCCCAGAAGCUAAAAAAACCCCAACUGGUUUAAUUGAAAAUUUAGAAAAUGAGUUAGUAUAAGCUUGAUAUAUUAGUCUGCACAGACAUAAACUAAUACUUUGUCACAGAAUCUUUUCUGUUCAUUUUCAAGAUUUGAUCGUUUAGAGACACCAUUUAACACCUGCCAACUGUAGUGAAUCCAAUGUACUAGAAAUAAAUUUCAACAGACCUUGUAGGAAUUUCUUGACAUUUUAUCCUUUUUAUCUUUUAGCAAAAGCCAUAGAGCUGUACAGAUGUCCAUUAUACAUCUAAAUUUAGAUUGCAACCUACCAAGGUUUUACUAAAUUUAGCUUUAUUUUAGUCUUAGCUUCUAAAGUAUUGGUAAGACUAAAAUGAAGCUAUGUAAAGAUCGUUCGUACAGUUUGUUAGCAACGUCUUAAACUUUUUCACUUUUUCUUUCUCAGUUUUAGCUGAGAUGUUUGCCUAUGUAGGUCAUGUGCCCUGUAACCUUACAGCUGUAGAUCACAAUUGUGUCCUAGCAACAGAAGCAUUCCUGAAGGAAGUGGUUACCCAUCUAGCUCUGCUGCUUUCCACCAACUCUUGGGGCCAAUUUUAAGAUUCCUUAUCUUGUUAUCUAUAAGCUAUACGUUUGUAGCUUUUUUCCCUGACUACUUUGUUGCACUAAGCAGGAAGUGCAUAUUAGCUUUACUGUACACAAUCUGCUGAACAAUACACUCUCUGCUCGAACUGAAAAAUAGGCUGUUGAGAAGCCUAUUUCUCAAAACUAUUUCUGUUUUUUAUAAGAUGAAUAAAACAUAAUGUCACUAACA